UUGGCUGCUUUUCUGAUUUUUUCACUCCAUGAAAUAAAUUGUUUCAAGUAAUUACAAAAUCGAUAAGCAAUAAUAAGACAUCCCUUGUUGGUGACAAAACUGUGAAUUCGGUGACGUACUAUGAAACUUUAAAGUCUAAAAUCGUGCUUGAAUAAUUGAAGCAAUGUUGACAAAAUAAUUGACAAAAUGUCAAAUAAUACGAGAACUGUUACCCGUCUUGCUCGGGAACAGAAUGAACAACGAAACCGAAGAAAACAAGUCCUUGGUUCCAAGGAGGAAAUACCAGAACCUGAGGAGAUCACGAUUUCUGAUUCUGACAGUGCUUCUGAUUAUGAACCUGACAAUUCUGGUCCCAGUGUCCAGUCCAAAAGGGAUGCCGCCUUGGCGAGGAAAAGGGAACUGAAUCGGAUAAGAACACGACAAAAACGAGCUAAUAUGACCGAGGAAGAAAGAAAUUUGGCACGUCUCAAGGGAAAACUUCGCUCAAGGAAGUCUAGAGCAGACACGAGUCAGGCGGAUGCUCGAAGAGCUCACCGUACCCUGACCACCCGUUUGCGAAGAAUGCGCACUGAUCAUCUGGUCUGUCCCACUGAAAAUGCACCGGAUGAUGCUGUACCAGGAGAAACAUUUUUGGAGCGUCGUCGUCGCCGUCAACGGGCCAAAGUUAAAAAAUCAAGACAAGAAAAAAUGGCGUCUAGAACCCUUGAAGUUCGAACAAAUGAGAAUGCACCAAAAAGAGUUAUUGCAAGAAUUGACCGUGCAUUAGAUACUCUAGAUGAGCGAGGAAUCCGUGCAGAAGUUAAGAAUUUGAAAGCCGAAUGGGAAAAGAUGAAGUUAAACCAUUCGAAAUUGGAUCCUGAAGUGGAAGACGAUUUGUCCUGGAAAGAGUUUAUGUUACUCAAAAUUAGAAUGAACUUUGAAAAUGAGAGAAAAAUUCUUUGUGAGGAGUUACUAGAACUUGAAUUAGGACCACACGUCCCUACGUUACCGGGCGUAGUAAGAGCUCCAAAUGAUAAUGACAACAUGGAUAAUCCUAGUAGUAGUACUGGAACCACAAAUGAAGCAGAAAAGGAAGUAGUUCGAAAUCGCUGGAAAGGUGCCUUGAACCCUGAUGAAGACGCGAUUAUGAAUUGUUUCAAUCAAGUUCAAAUAAAAAUAGAAGCAGAAGAACGUGAUGAAGGUGGUGGUGAUGAUGAAACAACUGAUAAUAGGCAAUACCAGACCGAGGUCACAGACUGGAUUGCUCGAGUAAUCACUGAUGAACAAGGAGGAAAUAGAAACAAGGCUGGCCAAAGUGAUGAAAAAGGAACUGAAGAAGUAACAAGAUCAGCUAAAUCGCAAGCGAUUGACAAAUUUCAGGACAUCGUUAAUGCACCCUCAAAGGAAGCCCGAGACAAUAUGCUUAGUGAUUGGGAACAACGUGCUAUGCAGUCAGCGAACGAGUAUAAAUUAGAAAAACUCCAAAACCAAUUCCUGUUAUCCAGAAACCGUUGGAUCUCCGAGAAGCCUGACGAUGGGGAGAAACGAACUCAAGCAGACAAGGACAGGAAUAUUUUGAUGGAAACAAUAAACAAAGCAAAACGUCGCAAUUUACAGGAAAUAAGUAAAGAAUUAGUUCAUAAAAGGGAAAUGUUUAGCCAGGAAACACUAGCUGCAAGGAAAGCUAGAAUCGAAAAUUUCUACAAGGGCAUCUCUUCCUAUAUAAAACAAUACAAUCAGCAGAAAGAAGCGGUUAAAAAGUUAACGGAAGAGGAGAAACAGGAGAAAAGGAAACAAAAAUUGAUCUUGUCCAAGGAUCUAACUAAAGCAGAACUUAACGCCAUAAAUGCGGCAAAUGCAAAGCUGCGAAUAAAAAUGGAGCGAGCCGAAUAUGAGAUGAACAUCGACCUCUUGGAAGCUACAGGGCUUCCAAUCCCAAAGGCAAAAUUUGGCAAGCGGAAAGGGCGGACAAAAGAUAAAAAAGACGCUGAAAAAUUAAAUUCUACUGCUAACGUGCCUGGCGAAGGCAACAUCUCGAUAGAUAAAUUCGAAUCCGCUUUUCGCACCGAAAACUAUUAUAAAGGAAUUGAUUACUGGAUUUCUGUCAAUGUUUCAGUUAAUGUUCGAGUAGAAGUCAGGUCUUAUCGAAACGUACUCUUUGAACUAUUGUCGGCUCGAAGAAAAAUAGUGUCUCCUACUGGUCAAAUUACUGAUUCGAUUCAACUAUCCUCAACCAAAAACGUGGGAGAUGUUACCAAGAGUAUCCUCGCGAAUGAACUACCUCAGUAUGAAUGGAUACCUAUUUCUGAGGAACAAUCUCUCCAAGAUAUUCGAAGGUUUGUUGACUUUAUGACCAAGUUUGGUGAUGCUGUGAAAGAGCAUUUGUCAUUCAAGAGGUUUUACACACUUACAAAACUCAAAGACUACAGUUACAAAAAUUUACACGACUCUCCCAUACUUUAUGAAGAACGCCGAAUCGAACAGAAUGAACGGCUUAGAAGAAGUUAUAUUAAGAAAAAAUACGGCGUCAUUUUGGGCAAAGGGGAAUAUUUUGAUAAGAAAACAAUGUCUGCUGUGAAGAAGCCACCAAAGAAAUAUCUUGCGUAUGAAAGGAAAAGGGCAGAAGAAGGAACACAUCCAAACCCCACGUGUAAUGAAAAUAGUGAAAAUGCUGGUAAAGAAAUCCCCGAAAUCGGAUCCGCAAAAUCACCAACAACAGCCUCUAAAGGCACUCGAGUGCAUGUGGCUAGGAAACCAAAACCUAGACAGAAAAAAGCUACCCCUCCCCCUCGCUCCUUAUCCCCUCGGAUUACCAGAAGUCAAAGAUCACGCAAAACAAUUGGCACCACCACCGUCACUCCUCCUUGUUACAGUAAUGAGAUUGAGGUAGAAUAUUCCAAUUCCAGCAACGGGUUUGCAGACUCAGGGGAUGCACAUGACCAUCAAGAUGAUAGCGGAUGGGUUCCGCUUGGAUCUUGUGAAAUUGACUCUGUAAUUCGAAAUGACAUUCUAAAUCUUCCAAAUAAUAAUGGUGGUACUCAACAACAGCAAAACUCUUUCAAUUUUGCACAUUUUCAAAGUGCUCAGCAUGGAUCAUUUCCUACUUUGCAAGGAAUACCGCAGCAAUUACGAACCGGAAACAUUCCACAACAAACUUCUAUCUCAUAUGCAAAUUUUUCACAGCCUCAAAAUCAACACCAAAAUCCUUUUAAUCUGUAUCAAAAUAUGCCACAACUUCAAUUAGUUGACCAGUUUACGAAUCAAAUGACCAAUCAGCAAAACUCACAAAUUCAGUGGAAUCCUAACAUCCAAAUGCAGCAGGGCAUUUCUCAACCGCUCAACUACUCGGUACAGUUUUUACCAAAUUCUCAAAUUAACAUGCUCCAAUAUCAACAGCACGCCUCGUCGUCCCAAUCAAAUCAGCAAUCGUAUGAUUGGAGCCAUGCACAAUCCAGUACAAUGACCAAUCAAAUCUCCGGUGAAAUGCCACACCUGCAAGCUCAAUUUCCCAUACGAGCUACCGAUGAUGAUCACGAUGCUGUUUCUGCGCCUCCAUCUCCAAUAUGUACUUAUACUGAUGAAAGUAGUAGUGAGGAGGAGUGUCCACCACCUCAGCAGCGUCGCUCCCAAAAGAAAGUAAUCGAAGUAAAACCCAAGCUUUCUUCGAAACUAACAACUUCAGAACAUUAUUCCACUACUAAAACACCAAAGAAAGAGCCAAAUUCCUCUAAGAAUCUGUCGCCCUCUACACAACAAAAGAAACGAGGAAGACCAAAAGGUUGGACCAAGACAAAGUUGGAAAGAAAUACUUCAUCGACCUUCAUUCCUGGACAACGUCGAGAUAUUUGGAAUAACUACAAGAGAAGAAAAUUUUAUAAUACUCCUUAUCGGGAUAUGGAGCCUCCUCCUCCUCCCACCAUUACUGCUCCUCCCCCAAUGGAGUCACCUUUUGAACGAAAUCCUGAACAAAUACGUGACUCCAUCUUGACUGAAAUUUAUCCCACCCUGUUACCAAAGUGUCCUCAAUGUGAUAAAGUACUGGAUGGAGAUGCUGCAUUAAAGUCACACGUGGCUGCGGAACAUCCUCCAGCUCCACCAGCUACCCAAGACGACACGGCAGCAAAUACAAGGAAACGUCCAGCAACUCCCAUUCCAAAACUGGACUGUCCGGAUCCAAAGUGUACAUGCCAAGUGGAGGGAGUUGAUAAUUUAGUCCAACACAUUUUUUGUGUCCACUUUGAAGCGAAGCAGUACAAGUGUCCAUUUAAACAUCCUUCAAAGACAGUGUCUUUCUCAAAAGGUCGCCCUAUUGCAUGCGAUAGUUAUAAAUUUGAAAGGAACAGUUUAAGGAAUCAUAUUAAUCGUCAGCAUUACGACGUUUUAAAAACUUCGUGGGUCAUGGGAAUACAUCGGCCUAAGGCGAUCGCAGAUAAGGUGGAUUUUUGGUGUCUGCACUGUCAACAAUGUUACAAGACGUAUUCAGAUCUUAUGGAUCAUUACAAAAGCACACAUGAAAUAAUUCGUUACUGCUGCGUCUACUGUGGCAUAUAUUUGAGAAUGGAAGACUUUUGGAUGGACCAUGUCAAACUAUUUCAUCCUGAUAAACCAUUUCGAUCUCCUCCAAAUCCCAUUGAAGUAAACAAUGAGGAUCUGUUCCGCUGCGCCGAGUGUGACUCGGAGUUUUCUGCACAAAAUUUCUUGGACGAACACAAAACUCAAGGGCACACAUUAUUACACGAUGAAUCGGAUGACAAUUCUGUUAAGAACAAACUGUUUUUCCUCUGCCGAGCUUGUGAUAAAAAAUUCCAGACGGAGGAAUUACGCGAUAAUCAUUUCAAGUCGUGCAAGGAUCGUAAUCACAUCUGUUAUUGGUGUAAAUACAAGGCAACGUCGGAAGACGCAGUUGAGCUUCACAUUAAGGAGUUUCACCCCCAAGAACCACCGGUUCCUGAAAAUCGGGAAGACAACUGUACUUACUCCCACGAGCCUUAUAAGUGUGAACUUUGCAAACGAUCAUAUUAUUCGCUGUAUUCGUUACGACUUCAUUGGAUUCACAAUCACCAAUUGUACAAGUAUUUGCAGAAUGUUAAAGUACAGAAUCCGCCACAAGAAAAUGCAAGUGAAACAGCAGAGCAAGAAAUAGAAGAGAAACCCAAGUUGGCACAAGCAAAUGCUCAACGGUCUGAACAGGCUACUGGCAUAACAUGCCCGAUGUGCCAAGCUACUAACCUCGAUGUACACCAAACCCAUAAAACUUUUGAUAAGUUAAUGCGGCGAUACUGCGUACCAUGCGAUCGCCUAUUUUCUCGAACCAAUGUUCUCUCUCAACACAAUGAAGCUACUCAUGGUAUCCUUCCCCAUCAAACGACUCGGCCCCUGCCUUCUGGUCGAAGAGGAUCUCCUGAUGUUAAUGCUACCGAUUGCAUACCCUGCACUUGUGGAACCAACUUCACCAUACAAGAAUUUCAUACUCAUCAUCUUUUCAUAAAGAGAGACAACGACAUUAGAAUUUGUCAGAUUUGCGACAAAAAAUUCUUUUCCCACGUCAACUAUCUCACUCAUAUACAUAAAGACCACGGCGUUCCCAAGAAUGAAAAAAUGGUCGUUAUGAGAGGAAAAACUUUACCAACUGUGCCACGAGAACUGGUUCCAGAAGAUUACGAAAAACUGUCCUCAACAACAAAGUUACAAACGGCCAAUGGAGAAACCACGAUUUCAACUUGUAAAGUAUGUCUAAAAAAUUUCAAAACGUUGGAAUUUCUGCAUGCCCACAUUGCUGAUGCUCACAAAGAAGAUGCCUUUACAAGAGUGGCCUGUACCAAGUGUAAUUGUACAUUUACGACAAAAAAUAAUCUUUCCAAGCACGACAGAUUUCACCACCGUGAGAACUUGACUAGACUCAAGUGCCCAGUUUGCAAAAAACUCUUUCAGCGAAUGGAUCAUUUAAGAGACCAUUCGAGAAAAGCCCACCCACGCGACCUGUGGGCGGUGGGUGAUGUUGAGGAAAUUUUACUGGAGAAAGUGUUGGAAACCGUUCCCAAUAGCUUCAUAUGCAAAAUUUGCUCGUCCAGCUUCAAAACAGACGACGGUUUAAAAUCUCACAUGACAAAUAAACACUUUCCAACGCAUUUUUCAACAUUUUGUGAACACUGUGGACUUCAAAUGAAUCCAAAGUUUAUAAACACGCACAUAGAACAGUACCAUUUUAACAAGUCCAUACGUGAAAUUCGUAAGAAGAAAGAUAGAGUUUGCCUUACCCUUACGGAAGUUGUGGAAAUGAUCCAGACAAUUUACAACCAGCAUGGAGUUCAAACGUCGGCAGAUUUUGAACCUGCAAAAAAAUCAAGGCAACGAAAGAAAAAAAAAUGGCCAAAAUGGCGAAUCAUGGCUGCCCACUGGAGGAAAAUCUCAUCUGCAAGGAAAAAGAAGGAGCAUUCAUGUUCAGAGGAGGAGGACGAAGAAACGAACUUAAGUUCCAGUUCGUCAGAAGAUGAUGACGCUGAUAUAUUUUCUUCAUCUGACGAAGAUAAGGGUGACAACAUUGAUGAAGAUUGUGCCGUGUAUGGAGAAGGGUCAGAAGGGGACUCAGGAGAAGACAAAUUAUCAUCAGCAAUGAGUAACCCUGAUCGUCCUGACCUUUGCACCAAAAAACGUUUAAGGUCUAUGAGGCCAAGAAAGUCAACAAUGAAAGAAACCGAGUCUGAGUCCGACUCGGUUGAAGAAUCGUACAAAAAUCCUGGUAGCUCAAGGCGUCAACCAAAACGAAAAAAGACGAAAGUUGAUGACCACAAUAAAAAACCUCUCGAUAAAGCUCUCAAGUCGACCAGAGCUGGAGAACAACGUCUGGUCCAAUCAAAUUGUGGCGAAAAUGAUGACUGCUCAAAUAAUUCUACAAGAAAUAAUAGGAAAUCUGCACCACCAAAAUCUAUACAAACCAGAAAAUUAAAUCUUAUUGCUCCAAGAUCCAUGAGGCGACCCACUACUGUUCAGCCUACACUGCCAGCAUCCAAGGAACUCAUACUAUCUUUAGAACGUUGCGACGAACUGGUCAGGACCUUGGAGGAACUCUAUUCUAGAAAACUUUUCCCUCAAAAGUCUGCCAAGACCUUUAAAUCACCUCAACGUCCUCCAACAACCUUUGAGGACAAAAUAUAUCCUGAGGUUGACCUGGACUUGGUGAAAGAUGAAAUAGUAGACGAAAUUUUUAACGGAGAAAGCGAUGAUAUCAGCGAUGAUAUCAACAAGUUAAAUAUGUUUGGUUUAUCAGAACAACCUAACAAAUGGAAAUUUGUUAACAUUCCAACACAGGAAGAAGAUGACGAUUCAUUUAACCCUCCACAAGAUGAUCCCUUCUCUGGAAUUGGGAAUUUUUAAUCGUAAUUUGUAUUAUUUAAGACUUACUAACUCUCUACUCUGUCUUACAAUCUUACAAUUUACUCUGUCUUGUUAGCACAUGAUCAUGACCAUGUUUUUAUUGUUUGUAAAAUUCAAUCCUCAUCAAAACUAUUAAAAUUGCUACAAGUUAUAAAACGAGGAUACAAA